AUGAAGGUCUCUGUGGCUGCCCUCGCUGUUCUCCUCAUUGCUGCCUUCUGCUCGCAGGCCUCAGCUGCUGGUCCACAGGCACUCGACACCCCAGGGGUCUGCUGCUAUAAAUACUCUCCCAACCCAAUUUCGCGGAGCCGCGUGGUGAAGUAUGAAUACACCAGCAGUGGCUGCUCCAAGCCGGCUGUGAUCUUCACCACCAUCAAAGGCAAAGCAUUAUGCACCAAUCCAGAUGAGAAAUGGGUCCAGGAUAUGGUGACGCAGCUGAGAGCGAGGGAAGCCGUUUCAAAGGCACCCUUAGCCUAG